UUUGGUUAUAAUUUCUAAAACUUGAUGAUCUCUUUUUGGUCAUUUGCUCUUUCUCUUUCUUUAUUGGGUUUGAUAAAGGGACAGUAGCUUCUCUUCUCUUCUCUUCUGUACUUCUGUUCUUGGCCAAGCCAGCUUUCAUUUUUGUCAGACACAGCCUGAAUCUACGUGUGGGUUUCAGUCCCAACCCACGCCCAAUACCAUUUUCAUUUUGAACUCAACUACUGCUCUCUUUUGAGCUUUGGAAGAAGAAAUGGAAAUGGUUGCCGCCUCCCUUCUUUCUCCACGAAGACCCAGUUUCUCUCUUCUCUGAUGGCUCUCGUUCUCGCUCUUCUAAGAGGUUGGAACUAGGUACUCAUCAAUUCCUGGUUUCACCUUCAGCAUGAAAUUGGGAUCGAAGAAUGGCUGGCAUUCUAUUGUGCCUCUUUGCUUAAAAGGCAAAUCGUCUACCCAUUUUUGCAUGUUUCCAAAAGUGAAGGCAGCAGGCUAUGGUCCGCGAGAUGCACCUGUCUAUCUAAACGUGUAUGACUUGACUCCUGUAAAUGGCUACGUCUAUUGGGCAGGCAUUGGAAUCUUUCAUUCUGGGUUGGAAGUUCACGGUGUGGAAUAUGCCUUUGGCGCCCAUGACUACCCAACAAGUGGUGUCUUUGAAGUUGACCCUCGACAAUGCCCUGGUUUUAAGUUUAGGAAGUCAAUUUUUUUGGGCACAACAUGCCUGGAUCCUAUCCAGGUAAGAGAUUUUAUGGAACGCCAAUCUGCAAAUUACAAUGGUGAUACAUAUCAUUUGAUAGUCAAGAACUGCAACCAUUUCUGCGAGGAUAUAUGUUACAAGCUGACCGGAAACAGAAUUCCCAAAUGGAUAAAUCGACUUGCAAGGAUAGGUUCAUUGUGCAACUGCAUUCUCCCAGAGGCCCUUAAGGUUUCCGCUGUCCGACAUGACCCCAAUUCCGAGGAACUCGACAAUGAAAAGAAGAAACUGAGAAGUGCCUUCAGUUGCUUUUCAUCAAUAUCAAUGCCUCAGAAAGAAGUAUCAAUGUCAUCCUUGUUUCUACAUUCUCACUAUAAAGGUUGCCUACCGCCAUGGGAGCUGAAAAGGUCUAAAAAUGGGUCAGUGAAGGAAAAGUAAGAGCCUUUCUUAUUAAUAUACCCAUCAUUGCUUUCCCGCUGAAAGAACAAGAAACCCACUUUCAGCAACAUUGAACCACUGAGGAACGUUAGUUUCAUCUUCCACUACCCUGUAAAAUGACAAAAUUGUGCUGUUGUUUUGACUUGGAGUGUAAAAACUGGUGACCCUUUUCCACCCAUGCUAACAAGUCUCAAUCGUCGUUUGUCAUCUCUGUAAGAUUUAAGAUUUGUAAUGUGAAUUUUAGAUAAUUAUUGAAUUGUUUUUCCAUGUGCAAAUACAAAAA